AUGGACGUAGUGAGGCACCUGUGCACGGAAUAUCCAGAGUUGUUAUCAAAUCAGGACGUCAACGGCGCCCAUUGCAUUCAUUACGCAGCCAGGGGCGGUCAUAUAGAUGCCCUAGAGUACUUGAUAUCGCGUGGAUCCGACCCUAUGUCGACAACAAAUGCAGCGAGCACAAUUCUCCAUUUGGCAGCAUUCGAUGGCCAUCUUGAGAUGGCAAACUAUAUUUGCGAUAAGUACCCGAGUCUUCUAAACGCUCUGGACGGCACUGGUCAUAAUGUUGCCCAUUACAGCGCCGGAAGCGGGAAUCUCGUACUUCUAAAACUAUUCCUAUCUAAGGGAAUAGAUCCUCUGGCAUUGACCACAAACGGAAGCACUCUUCUUCUCAAAGCCGCGUAUAGCGGCAAAUUGGACAUAAUACAAUACAUUUGUACUUCAUUUCCGUCCACAGUUUCAUCAAAGGAUGAGUUCGGUUGCACGGCAUUGCAUUACACUACCAGUGGCGGCCAUAUAAAGGCUCUCAAAUACUUGAUUAAACAAGGAAUGAAUGUUAUGGCUAAGACUAAUGACGGCCACACGGUGUUGCACAUGGCGGCGUAUAAUGGGCAUCUAAAGAUUGUCAAAUUCCUGUGCGAGUCUUAUCCGGAUUUGAUAUCGAUGGCCGACAAUGGCGGGGCGUAUUCCGGAGAGUACGCUAAGUUGUCGGAAAAUGCAGAAAUUGUGAGAUAUCUGAAGUCGCUGAGACGUGGAAGCAAUGUCAAUAGGAGUGAACUGGGCUGUUGUAAAAGUCAAUCGUGGAUUGGUGCUUUGGCCCAAGGUUGCAGCGCUGUUCUCUGUUUUUGCCGAAGGAAUUGA